UCCGGGCGGCACCGCCCUCCAGGUGCCGGGCGGGGGCCGAGGCAAGCGCCGCUGCAGGGAGAGCAGGCCGGGCCAUGACCCCCGCGGCCCACGGCUGCAGGCGCGUCGCCUGGUGUCCCUCACGGCAGCCAGCGUCCGCGCCCAGCGCGCCCCAGGAAGCGGCCCGCAGAGGCGACGCCAUGGGGCUGAAGCCCUCCUGUCUGAAAGGCUUUAAGAUGUGUGUCAGCAGCAGCAGCAACAACCAUGACGAGGCCCCCGUGCUGAACGACAAACACCUGAGCGUGCCCAACAUCAUCAUUACACCCCCAACCCCGACGGGCAUGGGGCUUUCCCGGGAUUCCAACAGCCAAGUCUGGAUGGAUGAGUUGGUGUCUUAUCAAGAUGAUGAAGAACUUGAGCCCGAAGUCUGAGAAGUUACCUUGUGGUGAGACCUGUGUGGCAGCCACCAGCCCCGCUGCCCCUAGUCCCAGGUGUUGGGGGCAUGGCUCUCUGAGCAGCUGGAUGGGGACAGCCAAAUGGGCCCUGGACUAAGACAGGGAUGGCCAGAAGAGCACAGCAGGUCGCUGACCCCAGUGGAGCAGACAUCUGUGGCCUCCAUGUCCACACCAACCCAGACCCCGGCUUGGUGAAGAGGAGAACCAUCCCGCCCUACGGUCACCAUGACCAUGGACCUUGGCCCUUGAGGCCACAGAGCACAAGGACUUCUCGCCAGAGCAGGGCUUCUGUUUUUUACAAGUUGUUUUACAGGUAUGGAACCUACGUCCUGAGCGAGAUUUAUAAAUAAAACUCCUUUGUGA